CAAAGGGUAGCUCUGGAGUCUGCAGAAGUGUAGGUAUCAGCGCGGCGUUUGCUGCCAUUGGCAUUGGCAUUGGCUGCCGAGUUGCCAAUUGUGGCCUGCGCCCGGCUGCCAACAAGCUCAUGAAAGGUCAUGCACGUACGGAUGAGACUUCAGAGUGAGAGGGCAUUGGGCCAUGGGCAGAUGGCCGGCCGCCGCUGACGUCCCUUCCAGAAUCCACGUAAAGCGGCCGCACUUCAGCUCACAUGUAAGGCUUCCUCGGUAAGGCGCAUAUGAGAAAGCUGCAAGCAAAUGCAGGAACAUAUUCUGGAGCAGAGCAUGUACAGGUCCUGAGGCGUGCCAAGUUAGCUUCCCUCUCUUGCGACGGUACAGAUGGCAGCCAGUCAACGAGCCACAGGAUGUUAUAAGUGUGGCGGGACAGGGCAUUGGGCUCGGGACUGUCCAGCGGAUGGGAAACCCGAUGGGAAGCAGGAAGGGGAGCCUGCAAAAGACGGGCAGCGAGAAUGGAAAGAGUGGAAGGCGCCCACGGGGAAGAAGAAGCAGGCGUUUGACGUCCUUGGGCCAAAGAGGAUUUUCACACGCCCGAAACUGACGGAGGACGUUCUGCUAUCGAAGGACAAGGGCAUCGGUUACAUCUUGCAAGAGUUUCCAAAGCUGAUGGAGAUCAAAGGGAGGGGGCAUGAGGUGGGGGACCUUCGCCGACUCUUAGAGCUAUACCAACGGUGGCACAAGAUGGUCUUCCCAUCCGUCACGUACAGUGACUUUGUGGAGAAGGUGGAGAAGCUCGGGACUAAGAAGAGAGUCAGGUCGACAAUCCGGGACCUGAGGCACAGAAUAGUGAACGGCGAAGACAACGCCUACGAGCCAGCAGAUGUGGAACCCACGGCCUGGGGGACCGCCUGGGAACAGCAAGUGGACCAGAAUGCUGCGGCUGAUGGUAACGAGGCGUGGGAGAAAGGUCCCUCUCCAGGACAAGAUGGCUGGGAGACUGGGAUUGGAGCGGCGCCAAAUGAUUGGGGGGCUGCGACUGGGGUGGGAGGGGGCCCGGCUAGCUGGGCUGACGAUGAACCGAACGGCGCUUCAGAUGCGGGCCCAGCUGCCGUCGGCGGAGGACUAACAGCGGAGCAGAGAGCGCGCAUUGAGGCUAACAAGGCACGCGCUGUCGCGCUGCGGCGAGAGCGGGCCGCAAAGGCGGCAGAGGGCAGGGCGGCUGAGGGAGAAGGGGUUACGGAAGCUGAGGAACACGAGCCGCCCCCGCCGGGUUCAAAUAACCCGGCUGCCAAGUCCAUGCGGCAGCGCCUCGCUGACGACACCGACGAUGACGAUGACGUCAUCCGCAACGAGGCCGAGGAGAGAGUUUCGCAGGCAGCGGCGCAUAGGGCGACCUCCGAGGAGCGCUCUGUCGCGGCGCAGAAAAAGCGUGCGCGCAAGGAGAUGCUCGACAGACUGGCGCAGCGGAGGGGGGCUGCGGGGCAGGAAAGCAGUGGGAGCGAUGGAGACGCGGGUGGGGGGCGGCGUCGGCGUCCGAAGCGCACGGACCAUCCGGACGGUGACAAGGAGGGGAAUCACGGGGCUGGGCGUUCGAACGGGCAGGAUGAGCGUCCGGACGGGCGGGAUGAGCGUCCGAACGGGCGGAAUGAGCGGAACGAGCGUGCGAACGGGUUGGAAGAGGGUCCGAAUGGACUUUCGGACGGGGUCGAGUUGGGCGCCGGAGACGGCUCGGACGCUGACGCGGUGGAAUCGUCUGCGGCUGAGCAGACGGGGGGUGCGUCGGGCACGCAGAACGGGAAGAGGCGUCGCCUCCUGAAGACGGACGUGGUCGCAGAACUUUGCACACAGAACGGUUUGGAGGAUGCGCUUAUGGACGAUGUGGAGGCGGUCGGGGCGAGGGCGCCCGCGAGGGCGCGGCGGAAUGUGGUGCUAGACAGCGACGAUGACGAGUGAGCGGGCGAGAUGGUUACGAGACUAUCUGGCGGCAUACAGGUUUUGUAUAGGCUGGAACUCGAAAAGACAGAGCCUGUCUCGAUGACGAUGAGUGUUGUCCGUGCGGGGUGAACGAGCUAGUGUAGAGGGAGUCGGGGCGCUUGCUCAUUGGUUCGCAGCCCAGGAUCAUGUGACACGCGUUGAGAAGUAUGGGGACUUUUAGAGAAGCAGAAAACAGCCUCGAUCAUAUCUUUGGCACAGAAAGUCGGGACCCUGAGCACAGUUGUAAUUUGGAUUUCGUUGAGCUGGAGGCUUCUGCCCGUGGACCACCACAAGUGGAUGCCCAGCAAAGGCCGCGCGCUGGACCCCGUCACAUUUGCGCCGGAGGGCGUUGAUAUUUUGACCACGUUUCCGCAAAUACGCA